AGUAAAAAUAUCAUCGUUCACGAAGGCUGGAAUCCAUCUACUUUAACAAAUGAUAUUGCCCUCAUAAGAUUAUCUGCAAAGAUACAGUUCAAUGAACAUACUGAGCCUGCUGUUUUACCAAAGAACAAUGAUGGUGAUUAUGUUGGUGAUUUGGUUUGGGCUAGUGGUUGGGGCAAGGAUAGUGACUCUGCAACUGCUGUUUCUCCAGUUCUUCGAUACAUUGAAGUUCCAGUUUUGAAGCCCCAGACUUGUAGUACCUACUAUCUCGGUGUGAUCACUGAGAAAAUGAUUUGUAUUAGUACCAAAGGUCAUAAAUCUACCUGCAAUGGCGACUCUGGUGGUCCAUUGGUACUUAAACAAGAUGACCAAAACAUUUUAAUAGGCGCAACAUCGUUCGGUAUUGCAUUGGGUUGUGAAAAGGGUUGGCCAGGUGUAUUUACUCGUGUUCCUGCUUAUUUGGAUUGGAUUCAUGCUAAAACUGGUUUAAAAUAAAUAUUUUUAAUAAAUAAAAACUCAUUUUAAUAAACAAGAUAUUAAUUUUUCAAA